CUUCGAUAUCGAUAUCGGCUGAAAACAGCUGUCGUUGUUUUGGAUUACGAGAUAGUAAAUAGAAAAAUUGAAAUUAAAUUCUUGGCUGUGAACUCGUGCAAAUAUGGCGUUCCUACUGAGACAAGUGGUCAGGACGGGCCUGCAAAGGAAUCUGCUCCUGAUGCGGCACGCCUCCGCCUCCACAUCCGCAAAUCCCGAGCUGAGUGUCCAGGUGAGCGAGAGCUGCUUGAAGCGACUGCGUGAGAUCUGCGUGGACGGGUCCUUCCUGCGGGUGACCGUCGAAGGAGGCGGCUGCUCCGGCUUCCAGUACAAGUUCGACUUGGACAAGCAGCUCAACGAAGAUGACCGGGAGUUUGGCGAGGGUCAGGCCAAGGUGGUGAUCGACACCGUCUCGCUGGAGUACUGCAGUGGCGCCACCGUGGACUACCACAGCGAGCUCAUACGCGCCGGCUUCCGUAUGGUGGCCAACCCGCUGGCGGAACAGGGCUGCUCCUGCGGCUCCUCCUUCUCAAUCAAAUUGUAGACUCUCGUUUAAACUUUAGAGAAUUAUUUAAUACACACAUAAUGUUCAGUUA